AUGCCUGGUAGACCAACUCCACACCAGGUGGCGCCUGGUAGGUCACCAGCCAGCCGACUAACCCGCCCCAAUGUUCCUGACACGGACAAGGGGGAAACCAACAACAACGCGGCGCAACGGAUCCAGAAAGCGCAGCUGGAGAACGCAAUCUCGAAAGAAGAAGCCACCAGCCAGGCAAUCAAGGAAAAAGCCCACCAGCAGCAGCGGCAAAUCCACCUGUUGGGAAACCAGAUCAGCGAAUAUGAGGGUAUCAUCCACGACGGUGAAACGCGAGCUGAUGCGAACAAAACAAAAGCCAAGGAGCUUCAAACGUCUCUGACGCGGGAGCGGAGACUGGCGCAGACCAAUGAGAACUACACACAGCAAGUCGAGAAGCGGUGCGACGAACUGGAGAAGAUGAAUUCGAAUCUGCGGCGGUCUUCGGCGGAACGGGAGAAGAUCUGGAAGAGGCAGUUGGUUCAGACGGAGAAGAGAGUUCACGAUCUGGAAGAGGCGCUUUCGAUUUCGUCUUCCGGUCUGCAGGCGUACAGGCGGCAAGUGCUCAAAACAGUGGAUGACUGGACUUUGUUGAAGACUGCGCUGAGGGAGCGCAAUGAGCUGGAGAAUCCGAAGAAUGAACGGCUUGGGCUUCUUAUGAUGAGUGUCUUGCAGGUUAUCAAUGGCUCGGAGGCGUUGUGUCAGUCUGUCAUGGACCAGUUACGUGUUCGACACAAUGGCAAGAGUGGUGGGCAGCCGAGAAAACCUGAGCGCCUGUCUACGGCACUGGAAGAUGUGGAAAUGAGAGGCUCCACCGACACUUUGGGCCCGAAACAUGAAACGACAAUGCCGAGAGCAAUGAGUAUCUGCUCCGUGAUUUCUGACAGCCCUCGCGAUGGGGAUAUCAACAUGGAGAACGCGGGUCCAUCCACGGACUCCGCCAUCUUUGACUCGACAGACACGGAUUCGGUGAUGCUGGAAGACGACGACCGAGAUCAAGACACCAAGAUGACAGGGGACUGGACUAGCAUGAAUUCGCCUUGCUCGCCGCCUCACUCUGUCUACUCGCAGAGCUCAAACAGCUUGGAUUCCGACAGCGACUCUCGCUUCCCGAGUCGUCCGGGCAGUAUUCGCUUUCCCUCCCGGAAGCGUGCUCGGUACAUCGAGACCUCCGACGAUCCAAGUUCAUCGGAGUCCGAAGAUGACUGUCUCGAGGCCAAGCGCAUCAAGGUGUUUCCCCGAUCCUUCGAACGUACCCCGAACAGCAAGGAAGUGGAGCAGAUCAAGAGCUCUUCUGUCACGCCGACACAGUUAGGUACGACUUUGACUUCUCUCAGCCUCGACCUGCGGUUUGUCGGCCCAGUGACAGUGCACACGGUUAGCCCCAAACUCCCUCAGCUCCCCCACCUCCAGCCAUCGCAGUCGCAUGGAACGCAGACCGAAGAGCAGACUGGACAGCCGUCGUGUCUGGAAAAGUCUGUCGCUGUCUCUGUCCACUCCAAAGACCUUCCCCAACAAUUUAUGCAGACGCAGACCAAUGCACCCGAGUUUGUGUCCCGAGUUCAGAUGGACGAGUCCUUCGCCGAAUACAUCAAGACGAAGAAGCAAACCGGGUCUCCGAAAAAAAUUCAGAAGCGCAGAACUCAGGCACUGCCCAUCGACGAAAACGCCCGCAGCCUGAUGCCAGGAACGUGGCCACGACAGACCAUCGCUGAACCGGGAGAUCUUACAUCGAUCAUGAUGAUGGCCAGCCAGGGACAUGUUCUAGCGAACCGGCAGAAUAGAGUGCACGAGGCAGUCACCCGAUGGGUCCUGCGUAUGCUUCAGAAGCAUCCCCGCGACCUGAUCUUGGGCAUGGUCAGUUUGGUCACGCUGUUGUAUCUCUGGCACAGUCACCGAGUGCAUCGGGAGUGGAUGGCGGUGAACCAGAUCCCGCGCAGUGUCAUGGCCGAGUUGCGCCACCGGCGUGUUGGGGAGUUGCGAUGGAUGGAGUCGAUGCGAUAUGGCCUGGCACAGUGGUUGAACGUGGAUCGGGUGCCGUUGGGAUAG